AUGGUGUAUGCGUCGAAUCCACGACUAAUGAAUCGCGUACUCGAUGCCGUGGUGCAUCUAUGUGAGGGGAAAGGAUCCACCGCUCGAGAUGUCCUCGACUUCCUUCGACAAACUUCCAAGGGUCCCCCGAGGAACUUGACGAUGCAGGUUCAUCGGGCUCUGAAGCACGCGGUGAAUGCCGGAUUGUUGCGGCAUAGAAGUGGUCGUUACAAGGCAGUGUUCACGUUAAAUCCAGCUCCGAUUAAGCAGUCCGUGAAGGAGAAUAACGAACAGAGAUCUGCCGAUGGAACGAACAUAUCCGACAUACAACAAACGUCUUCGAGAAGUCAAUCCAACGACGAAGAGGAAAAUAGAGAGAAACGAAGGAGGCCACGCGGCGAGAAAAGACGAAGACGCAGCGAUAGUCAGAAAAGACGAAAACGUCGCAGCAGAUCCAGGAAACGCGACGAGCCAAAGCACAUCGGAGAGAUACGAAAACUAAAGUACAAAGAAAAGGGGGAAAGUGUUCGGUCACCGCGACACAAGAUCUCGAACAGCAGGCUUGAAGCAGAUAUUGGAAACACGUCGGGUUCGCCUAAUCGUAAAAGAACCAAGACGAAGCGGAGGGAUCCAAGUAACUACAGCGAUUUGUCGGACUGUAGCGAAUACGAGGAUAGAAAGGCCAAAGCGAGGAGGAGAAACUCGAUGUGUCCAGAAUCCAGUCACGACGGAUUUGGCAAACAAUAUAGGAGAUCGAUAUCGCGGCAUCGCAGCCCUCAAAAACAACAAUCGCAGCAAUUAAAUAUGAAAUAUUCCAACGACGACAACGAAGCAAGUAAAUUGAAUGCCAACGAGGAAGGAAACGACGAAGCAGAUCAGGAAGGAGGAAAAGAAGAAGAAGAGCCUAAUAACAGCGGAAGUGGUAGCACGUUGUGA